AUGAGCGAUUCAAAGCUUUUGGGGCUGGGUGUAGGAGCAGUCGGGCUGUACAUUUUAUAUCCAACGAUCUGUGAGUGGUUUUCGGAAAUGAAUUCACUGAGUCUACUGACGAAUCGCAAAGUUGAGGACGAAAUCGAGGACUAUGAACGCCAUACCACUGGACUGGUGAACGCCGGUAAUUUCUGCUAUAUCAACUCGGACAUCCAAGCACUAGCUAGUUUGCCUGCGACUUUUGGCUACCUAACCAAGUUUGGCUAUCUGUGUCCGGCUGAUGGUGCUGCAAUGGCACCAGUAUCGUCCUCGCUAUUCUAUUUCGUCCGAGAGCUACAUCGGCCGGUUACCAAAAAGAGAACUAUCAGCCCAGAGCCCCUGAUCACUGCCAUUGAGCAAACCUACAAAUCAAGAAUGUCGAGACGCCAACACGACGCCCACGAGUUGCUGCAUUUGCUCCUGGAAACGCUCCAAAAGGAGUUUGUAGCGCUAACGCAAAAGAGCAGAUCAAAUCAUGACCUGGAGGCGGUACUGGAUUUCCCUUACGAGGGCACAUUAGUGGACGAGAUUAUAUGUGGAAAUUGCCAUACUCAUACCGAAAAGGCUUCUAAGUAUCUCAUUUUGAGUGUGGCGGUCCCGAGUCAGUCUAAAACUACGCUGGCUGAUUUAUUGAAAGAAAACACCCAACCAGAAUACAUCAACGAUUACGCAUGUAUCACAUGUCGAGUCAGAAAUGUCAUGGCAUCCGAAAAUCCCCGGUUCAAAGAGCUGCAAGAGCAGCUAGCUGAUGCGACGUUGCCAUUACCAGCUGACCUCGAAGAACAGCUUCCAAAAAUGUAUUCACCUGUUUUCAAGACACAAAGAUUCGACUCAGAACCUCAAAUCCUAUGCAUUCAUCUCUCACGCUCAAUUUACACGGGCAGUUUCGCCGCUCGGAAUUCCUGUAAGGUGGAGUUCCCGUUAGAGCUGUCUCUUCCUGGGAAAAAGGCCCGUUACCGACUGUACGCCAUGAUCCGUCAUUCGGGAACACAUCAAACUGGCCAUUAUGAAUGCAGUCGGCGGAAAAACACAGGGUUCUGGAGAAAAAUCAACUGGUCAAGCCUAUUUGAGUCUACAAGCACAUCAGGAGAGGUCGAGGCGUCUGAAGAACCCCAAGAGCCAGGCCCUGAAGAAUCAACAAACACGGAUCUCCCAUUCCCGCACAAAAGCAAGCCCUCGACAUCGUUGUCGACAGAACCGGUCACCGCGGCGCAGCAGCCUUCUUCUGCUCCGAGGGAGGAACCUGCUCGGCCGCGGAAGCAAAGUAGCAAGCAGUGGUGGGCCAUCAGCGACAACGAAGUACGUGAAACGACCUCCCGUGCAGUGCAAAGUUUGCAAAGUGGCGCAUACCUACUGUUCUAUCAGCGAGUGUAG